UUGAGAAUCCCUACCAGCCCAACAGUCCUCUCCAAGAGUGGAAUUCCCUUGAGAGUGUGUGGGUUGUUCUCCACUCUUUGCUGGCCGCCAGGAUCCGGGAAUUCACAAUGCAGGGCGCCUUUGAGUCCGAGGGAAGCAGGGCAGGGACCAUCUAGCAACCACGAUGGGAGGAGGGAGGAGGCGGCCAGCGGGAGGAAAGCAUCAGGGCCUAGCCUGACGCAGCAGCAGCCCUGGAGGUGGCCCCCGCCAGUGCUGCUGGGCGUCAGGAUACAGUAGGUCCUGCGACUCCUCCAGUCGCGAGACCUAGAAGGGUCUCCCACCGCCCUCAUCCUCAAGCCCAAGCCAAGGGAGGUGCCCUCUGAGCUAGCCACGGAAGAGGGCGGGGAUUGGAGCGUGUGAAGAAGAGAGGGAGGGACGGGCUCUCCUCGCCACUCGCCGCUGGUGGCCGCAGGCGCCCUGCGCUGCCGCCGUCUCCCGGGCGGAGCUGCACCCGGAGCCGCGACUGUAUUGAGAACGUGUGAAUGUCCGCGUGGACCAGGGCCGCGCGGGCCCCGCGCCUCCUCCGGCUGGCUCCCGCGUUCUGCUGUGUAUGUUCGCUUCUUGUCACUGUGCGCCGAGAGGCAGAAGGACUAUGAAAAUGAUUCACUUUCGGAGCUCCAGUAUCAAAUCGCUCAACCAGGAGAUGAAAUGCACCAUUCGACUGCUGGACGACUCGGAGGUCUCCUGCCAUAUCCAGAGGGAAACCAAAGGGCAGUUUCUCAUUGAAUACAUCUGCAACUACUAUAGUUUGUUGGAGAAGGACUACUUUGGAAUUCGCUAUGUGGACCCAGAGAAGCAAAGGCACUGGCUUGAGCCUAACAAGUCCAUCUUCAAGCAAAUGAAAUCUCAUCCACCAUACACCAUGUGCUUUAGAGUGAAAUUCUACCCACAUGAACCCUUGAAGAUUAAAGAAGAGCUCACAAGGUAUUUUUCUUUUUCACAUAUUUACUCUACCCCUUACAUUCAGGCAGAGCCUCUGCUAUCUUAUAGGCUAUACAUUCUUAUUAUGGAGAGCAGAACACCUCCAGGUAGCAGGCUUUGGAGUCAGCAUUGUGUUUCUCAUAUUCUUAUUGGCCUUGGGAUAUUUUAUAGACAACCAUUGUCAUUGAGAAAGUAUUAUCCCUACAGGAAAGCAAUGGUUAUGAAAGGCAAGCUCUCUAGAACACUUGAUAGUUGUGAAAACCAGAUGCAGCAUGAAAGAAAGAGCUCAGAGACAGCAUCGAACAAACUGCACAGGCGUGAAUCCAGGAAAUUCAUCACCACUUACCACACCAGAGGAAACAACGCCUUUAGACGAUCUAACUCAGCCAUGUUACAGUUAAUGGUUACAGCUGAGUUUGGUGAUUACUAUCCUGAUGAGCAUCCUGAGAAUUAUAUCAGUGAAUUUGAAAUUUUUCCCAAGCAGUCACAGAAGUUAGAGAGAAAAAUCAUGGAAAUUCAUAACAAUGAACUCAGAGGUCAAAGCCCAGCAAUGGCUGAAUUCAACUUACUCUUGAAAGCUCAUACAUUGGAAACUUAUGGUGUGGAUCCUCACCCAUGCAAGGAUUCAAGAGGUGCUACAGCAUUUUUAGGAUUCACUGCUGCGGGUUUUGUUGUAUUCCAGGGAAAUAAAAGAAUUCAUUUGAGAAAAUGGUCAGAUGUCUGCAAAUUGAAGUUUGAAGGGAAGACAUUUUACGUGAUUGGCUCCCAGAAAGAGAAGAACGCUGUUUUGGCAUUCCAUACUUCAACACCAGCUGCCUGCAAACAUUUAUGGAAAUGUGGGGUAGAAAACCAAGCCUUUUAUAAGUAUGCAAAGUCCAGUCAAAUCAAGACUGUGUCAAGCAGCAAGAUAUUUUUUAAAGGAAGUAGAUUUCGAUACAGUGGUAAAGUUGCUAAGGAGGUGGUGGAGGCAAGCUCCAAAAUCCAGAGGGAUCCUCCUGAGGUGCACAGAGUCAACAUUACUCAGAGUCGCAGCUUUCACUCCCUGAACAAACAGCUCAUCAUCAACAUGGAACCUUUGCAACCCCUGCUUCCUUCCCCCACUGAACAGGAAGAAGAAGUUCCUAUGGGUGAGGGUACCCCCUUGCCUAAAAUGGAUGUGUCUGAGUCCCUAAUUGCCAGUUCACCAGUAAAGGGAGCUCAGUGUGCAGAUCCUCCAGAUGAAGAGGAAGAUAGACUAAAAGAAGACCCCUUGACCAUCUCUGAACUAGCAUACAAUCCCAGCGCCAGUCUGCUCCCUACCCCAGUGGAUGAUGAUGAAAUCAACAUGCUCUUUGACUGUCCAUCCAGGCUCGAGUUAGAAAGAGAAGACACGGAUUCAUUUGAGGAACUCGAAGCAGAUGAAAAUGCUUUUUUGAUUGCUGAAGAGGAGGAGCUGAAGGAAGCUCGCCAAGCUUUGUCAUGGAGCUAUUCCAUCCUGACCGGCCGUAUCUGGGUCAAUCCCCUGGUCAAGAGUUUUUCCAGGCUCCUUGUGGUGGGCCUGGGACUGCUGCUGUUUGUAUUUCCCCUGCUCCUCCUCCUUUUGGAGUCAGGUAUUGAUCUCUCCUUCUUAUGCGAAAUCCGUCAGACACCAGAGUUUGAGCAGUUUCACUAUGAAUACUAUUGUCCCCUGAAGGAGUGGGUGGCUGGGAAGGUCAAUAUCUUCCUCUACAUGCUGGGUUGUUCAUAAAAUUCAUAUCUGAUAAGAUGAAGGGCUAUCUAAAAUACUAGUCGUAUCAUUUUCAGUAGAUGCUAGGUUUUGAAUGGCCUUGACUUGUCAAGAGGUAGUCUUAACUCUUGACUUUUUACUCUCUUAACUGCUCAAACCUUGAAAUAAGUUUUCUGUACUUCAUUACUUCAUUGAGUUUAAAUCAAUCAAAAUCAAAUACAGUUCUUUGAGUUAUCCUUCAGAAAGGCAGUCAUGAAGUAAAAAAAAAAAUCUUUCCUUAUCAUACCAUAAAAAUUUAAUAUAUUGGAUUAGUUUUUCCUCUUUCUUUAUUGUGAACUAUAAUCAAAAUCAGAAUUUUAGUAAAAAUACAAGGGAAAUCUUUUUAAUAUAACCUUUGGGGAAAAUAACAUUCUCUUACUGUUGCCUAUACAUUUAAGUUGAUGCUGAGUUUUUCUUUCAGUUUUUUUUAAAAAAAAUAUUUUUACGCGUUCUAACUAUUUUGGUAAAUUUUUAGCAAACAAAACGAAGCUUUCUGGAAUUAUUUAAGUAUACCUACUGUAAAACUAAUGCACAUGGAAUUUUUUAAUGUUUUGGCACCUGAUUUUUUUAAAGAUAUUUUUUGGCUAACUAACCCAUAAUUUAAUACCUGUAUAUGACUUUGCAAAAAUGAUAGUAAAAAACUAUAGAAAGUUCUCACAACAGAUGAUUGAACUACAAGAUGUGAGCAUAAAGAAGAUUGAGUUGACAUUGUGCAGUCUAGUUUCAAAGUUUUGGACAUGAUAACCUUAUAAUUUCAUUAGUAUUUUUAGUUUAUCCAUAUAUUUGGACUGGGGAGGCAGAGUGUUCUUAAAUGAAAUUAAAACUGAUUGUAAUAGUAAAAUUGUGAAAAAGAUCACCUAGUUAAUUGUUAUUGUUUACUAAUCAGAGCAAAAGCAAGCAGGAGUUUGGCAAAUAGAAGGU